AUAAUAAUAGAAAGGUCUCCCCCCCAGCCCCGUUUUUGUCCCCCUGGAAGGAGCAGAGCAGCGCGGCUGCCGGCGGGCGGAUCGAUGUGGAGCCGCUGAGGCACCGCGGCCGGCCCCAGCUCCCCGCCGGCACCGCGGCCGCGGCCGGCAGGACGAGCGCAGCCUCCCCGCGGAGAGGCCAGGGAGAAGGAGAUCCAACUUGUGGAGGGACUUCAGUCUGGGUUGUUAUUCUUGGAGGACUGGGGAAAUGAGGGCAUAUCCUCCCCGCCUUUAGACCAUGCACCUGAAGACAUCUUUCAGGAGGCUGUGAGGGCUGCUGAAGAUGUCCGAUAGUCUGGAUAUUGAAGAGAAACCUCCAGCUCCACCGUUGAGAAUGAACAGCAACAAUCGCGAUUCUUCAGCAUUAAACCACAGCUCAAAACCGCUUCCCAUGGCCCCCGAGGAGAAGAACAAGAAAGCCAGGCUGCGCUCCAUCUUUCCAGGAGGAGGGGAUAAAACCAACAAGAAGAAAGAGAAGGAACGUCCUGAGAUCUCUCUUCCUUCAGACUUUGAACACACCAUUCAUGUGGGAUUUGAUGCCGUCACUGGAGAAUUCACACCAGAUCUCUAUGGCUCACAGAUGUGCCCAGGGAAGCUCCCAGAGGGCAUUCCAGAGCAGUGGGCCAGGCUACUACAGACCUCCAACAUAACAAAACUGGAGCAGAAGAAGAACCCACAGGCUGUUCUAGAUGUUCUCAAAUUUUAUGAUUCGAAAGAAACAGUUAACAACCAGAAAUACAUGAGCUUUACGUCAGGAGAUAAAAGCGCCCAUGGAUACAUAGAAGCCCAUCCGUCGAGCACAAAAACAGCAUCAGAACCUCCUCUGGCUCCCUCUGUGUCUGAAGAAGAGGAUGAAGACGAUGAAGAGGAGGAAGAUGACAAUGAACCUCCGCCUGUUAUCGCCCCGCGGCCCGAACACACAAAAUCAAUCUACACACGCUCUGUUAUUGAACCUGCCGCUGCACCAGCACCAGCUAAAGAAGCCACCACUCCCCAGCCUGAAAACUCAAACACAAACACCCUGUACAGAAACACAGACCGGCAGCGAAAAAAGUCCAAGAUGACAGAUGAGGAGAUCCUAGAGAAACUGAGGAGCAUUGUGAGCGUGGGAGAUCCUAAGAAGAAAUACACUCGAUUUGAAAAAAUUGGCCAAGGGGCUUCAGGAACUGUUUAUACAGCGAUUGACAUCGCCACAGGACAAGAGGUGGCCAUAAAGCAAAUGAAUCUCCAACAGCAGCCCAAAAAGGAACUAAUUAUCAAUGAAAUCCUGGUCAUGAGGGAAAAUAAGAAUCCCAAUAUUGUUAACUAUUUAGACAGCUACCUUGUUGGUGAUGAACUGUGGGUGGUGAUGGAGUACUUGGCUGGAGGCUCUUUAACCGAUGUUGUCACCGAGACAUGUAUGGAUGAAGGACAGAUUGCUGCUGUGUGUCGGGAGUGCCUGCAAGCCCUGGAUUUCCUUCAUUCCAACCAGGUUAUCCACAGAGACAUCAAAAGCGACAAUAUUCUUCUUGGGAUGGACGGAUCUGUCAAAUUGACUGAUUUUGGCUUCUGUGCUCAGAUCACCCCUGAGCAGAGUAAACGGAGCACAAUGGUGGGGACUCCUUACUGGAUGGCUCCAGAAGUUGUAACAAGAAAAGCAUAUGGCCCCAAGGUGGACAUCUGGUCGCUUGGGAUCAUGGCAAUAGAAAUGGUGGAAGGAGAACCUCCUUACCUUAACGAAAAUCCUCUCAGGGCACUGUAUCUGAUAGCUACAAACGGGACACCAGAGCUGCAGAACCCAGAGCGACUCUCGGCCGUGUUCCGAGACUUUCUUAACUGCUGCCUGGAGAUGGACGUGGACAGGCGAGGGUCUGCCAAGGAACUUCUGCAGCAUCCAUUUUUAAAAUUAGCCAAGCCGCUCUCGAGCCUGACUCCUCUGAUCAUUGCAGCGAAGGAAGCAAUUAAGAACAGCAGCCGCUAGCACUGCAGGUCGGCUUUCUGCCCUGCCAGCUCAGAGCAGGACUGAGAACACAAACUCUCUAAAACCUCAACUCUCAUGCUGCGGGACAGAUGGAUGGAUGAGCAAACCAACGGUCACAGUCAUGGUGGUAGGACCACCCCAGUUCCUCAAGGAGUAGAAAAUUAUCAUUUGUCUUCUUCCUGCUUUCUGGCUCCUUAAUUUAUUUUUAAGAUGAAUCGGGGCUAAGGACAGAGAGGUAAUGACAGAAAAUGCUUUGCUGCCUCAAUCAUUUCCAAGGUAAAGCAAAUUCAGUUGGAAGAUUCCCUUCCUUCUCACCCUGUGAAUAAGCUGUACAUUCACUUUUAAAUUGUCAGUUCUUUCUUAACGAUGUAAAGUCGUGUUUAUGGGGUUUUUGGUAUGGUUUGGAAUUUGAGAAGGGCAAUUCUUCAUUCAUCAACUCCAGACUGCCUUUUGAAUACAGCCAACUUGCCAGUUUCUGCCCAGUUGUGGUACUUCUACAUGAGGAAGAAAGUGCAAUUGCAUUUCCAACAAAAAAGGAAUGAAGAGUGGGACAGACAGAACAUCCUGUGGAGACAAGGCGUUCAGCUGGGACUGUGUAGUGGUUUGUUUCUUGCCAACUGGAUUUGUACCCCUAACUGCAAUCUCUUUGCCCGGGUGAGAGUCUUACUCAGCUGAAACAGCAGAACGAUUAGUUGGUUCAAACCUGAAUCUCAGAACAGGUUUGUCUGAUGCAAAGCUGUCAAAGCAAUGUGAGGGGAGAGUGGGCCCAACCAUGCCUGGGGCUGAGCCCCAGCAGAGCCCUGGCAGAGCCCAGAUGAACCUGAGCAUUGGCAGGCUGGAAGGAGGUGCUGGUAGCAGCAAGUGGCAGCAGCCUGGCCAUGGGUGCCUCUUCCUGGGACAGGACUAAUCCUCCUGUCUCAGAGCCAAGCUGGCUGGGGGUUGUUUUCCAGGGAUAUCGUGGCCAUGCUGAGAAAUGCACAGCCUGGUGGGAUUUGCCAUCCUGAGUCUCUGCAGGAGUAGAGAAGAGCAAACACAGCAGAGUGGUGGUGUCGCUUCUGAGGGUGCCUGUUCUUCUCCCAUCUGUCUUGUAGCUCCUGGGAAAGAUUCCUAGUGUCUGCAGAAUUCUCAGCAGAGGGGGAGGGGACCAGACUGCUCUGCAGGCUCCUGCACAGGUGAGCAUCCUUUAAACACAGGAGUUCUGCCUUGGGAACCAAGACUAAUGCAGGGAACAACCUGCACAGUUCAGAUCUGCAGGAGCCAGUGCAGCAGCCAGCUCUGGAAGAAAGCGCCUUAAAACCUGGAGUUGUGCACUGAGCAAGAACAAAGGUGUGAAAUGCAAAGUGGAAUUAAUUGCAGAAUUACUUGGAGGCACCAGACCAGCCUGCUUUCUGCUGUCCUAUGUAUGGCAAGCACUGUGCAGUGAAGCUCUUGAGUUCCUGCAAGAGAUGGAAUUGUGGAUGUGCCUGCUUGACUAGUCAGCAGAUUUGGAAGGGAGCAGAAUACUUUCAGUAUGCAAUUUGUGUUUUAUUUAUUUGUUUCUGAAAGACACAGUGUGGCUUCACUCAGUAAAAGCAUUUGCAUGGCGUAUUUGUUGCUGUAUCUUAGGAGUACAACUCAUGCAAGACCAUCAAAACAGCAACUGAAGCAACAUGCACCCAGUGAGCAAAAAAACCCUCACAGUAAAACAGCUUUCUGCUAUAGAUCUUCACGUUGGCCUGAUCCUGCAAAGGGUUAAAUAGCCUUUAAGGCUUUCGCCACCUUCAUGUCUGGCCAGCAGGAAUGAAGGAUGCUUGGGCUGUUCUUGAAUCAGGCCAGGAGCAUAUCUAGCUUUGGCAUUCUCUUGAGUUGCAGUCUUUGCGUGGCAAAUGUCCUUACUGCUGCUGCCCUCGCUCGUGCUGCCACCGCAGUGUCCUUGGCAGAGGCAACCCUCCUUGAGUUACCACAGCUAAGUAGAAAUUAACUUUUCUUCAUUUCCUGGGGAGCACAACAGGUCCGAUCUUUCAGAUGGCCAAAUAACACACUGAGGGGAGCAGCUCUGGUUUCCUGGACUGGGGGAACGUCGGGAGGAGCUGAGGGAGCUGCCAGGAGCCCACAGCUGGAGCGGCAGUGGUUGACAGGAGCUGGAGCAAUGGCUGCCAAGCUUUACCCUCAUAAAAGGAGCUCCUGGGCAGUGAGAGUGGCCAGGACAGGCUAACAGGCUGUAGCACAGCAGAUGGUGCAGGAAGGUGCACACCUUGCCAGCUUGACCAGGGAGCAAUGGUGUCCACCCAGCAGGCGGCCAUGGCUUCUCCAAGUUUUGCACCCACCACAACCCCUGCAGCAGCAGACAGAGCUCUGGUGGGAUCGGGCUGCCAGCCAGGUGUCAGCUGCAGGCUGUGCCCUGCUCUUAGGCCAGUCCUGGUGGCACCAGCAGCACAAGUACAGCUGUGGGACAUGUGCCUGGGGAGAGGAACUCCUCCACUUUGGGCCAGAGCUAUGCCAGAAAGCAAAUGGGGCAGGAAUUUCCAAGCUCACUGAGCCCCUUUCCAUCAUUUACCAGCAGUCCUGGCUAAGUGGGAGAUCCCAUGUGAUUGGACUAUGGCAAAUGUGACAUUGUUCUACAUGAAGACCUGGAAGGAGAAUCUUGGGAAUUACAGGUCUGUCACCCUGACCUCAGUGCUGGGAAAAGUCACGGAGCAGAUCAUCUGGAGUGCCAUCACAUAAAGAACAACCACAGGAUCAGGUCCAGCUCGUGUGGGUUUGUGCUAACUGGUGCUGCCUGACCAGCCUGAUCUUUCACAAGAGGUGACCUGCCUAGGGCAUGAGGGGAAAGGCUGUGGAUGUGUCUCCCUGGAAUUUAGUAAAGCCUGUGUCAGUGUUUCCCACACCUUUCUCCUGGAGAAACUGGCUGCUCAUGGCUUGGGAAAAAACACUGUUCUCUGGGAAAAAAAAACCUGGAUGGAUGGCUGGGCCCAGAGAGUUGUGGGGAAUGGAGUUAUAUGCAGCUGGGGCUGUCAGUAGUGGUGCACCAGGGCUGGGUAAUGGAACCAGUUGUGUUCAAUAUCUGUAUCAGUGAUCUGGAUGAGGGGAUCAAGGGCACCCUCAGGUAACACCGAGCUGGCAGUGUUGAUGUGCUGGAGGACAGGAGGGAUCUGGACAGGCUGGAUUGCUGGUCCAAGGCCAGCUGGAUGAGGUUCAACAAGGCAAAGUGUCAGAUCCUACACUUGGGUCACAACAUCCCCCUGCAGCUCCAGGCUUGGGAAAGAGUGGCUGGAAAAUGCCUGGUGGGAAAAGACCUGGGAGUGCUCGUUGAAAGCAGCUGAGCAUGAGCCAGCAGCACACAACUACCUGAGAAGAGGUUGGAGCAAUGGGGGAAUCAGUCUCUUUGCCCAAAUAACAAGCAAUGGGACAAGAGGAAGUGGCUGCAAGUUGUACCAGGGUAGGUUUAGAUCGGAUAUAGGAAAAAUCUCUUCACCAAAAGGAUGGUCAAGCAUUGGAACAGGCUGUGCAGGGCAGUGGUUGAGUCACCAUCUCCAGAGGGAUUUAGAAGAUUUGUAGGUAGGGCACUUGGAGACAGGUUUAUUGGUGGGCUUGGCAGUACUGGGUUGAUGGCUGGACUCCACGAGCUCAGAAGUCAUUUCCAACAUGAAUGAUUCUGUUCUGUUUAGAAGACUUUGUUUCUCUUGUGAGGUCCCAUUUUUGUCUGUCAGCUCAAGACCUGUGUCUGUAGGAGAAGCUUCCUUGCAAAAGAGUAAUUUGGGCUGUAGAUGGGCUGCCCUCAAUGUGUGAAGCAUUCAGCAGAAUGAAAUAUGUUUGUAUUCCUGUAAGAAGUGAAGAAAUGAGUGACAGUUUCUGUUUCCAGUAUGUAUUUUAUUUUUUCCUAUCCACAAAAGAACAGACAGCCAUCCUGUAAAAGGAAAGCACUUUGUAAUGGCACAUGUUUGCUGGACAUACAGUCUAAAUACUUCUGUUGACAAACUGCUCUAUUCGAUUGGGGAAGGGGGGAAUUUCCUAUUUAUUUUCUUUACCUAGAAGUAUUUCAGCAUCUCUACUUCAAAAAAAAACCCACCACCAUAGCUUUCCACAAGUUAGCAGGUAUGAAAAAUAAGGAAAUCAAAUGGUAGCUUUUUUUUGUAAUCAGUGUAUGCCUCAGCAUACAGAAUAUUGUUGACACUGACUUUUUAAAGACAGCUGCUGUCCUAAGAGGCCUUACUUUUAAUUUUAUUAAAUAUAUUCCUUUUUUUUUGCAUCAGAAAAUUUAGAGAUUUUAAUUUUAAAACCAGUUCCUGGGAGGCAGACAACAUUCAGCAGAAAUAAUCUGUGCCUGUGGCUGUUUUCAGCACAGACUGUACCUGCCCAGCUGAGACUGUAUGACAUGCAGGGAACGUACCUCCAGUAUCCCUGUGGCUCUGUGCUUGGACAGCCUGGUGCUGAUUCACACUCACUGAUACUGAAAGAUGGCAGCAAUGUUUGUAUCCUCCCAGCCUGGAUAUGAAAUGUAGAAAAGACACAAGUAUUUUUUAAAAACCCAACAACACAAAUCCAGUCCUGUGGGGGGUCAAGUCUUUUACAUUAUUUAAAGGCUCACAGAGUAUAUUAGGACUGACAAUGGCAUUGGCCUUGCAGAAAAGAAAGAAAAAUCCUGUAAAAGCUCUGGAGCCACCUCGGGUUUUCUGGCUGCUAUCCUCAGAUCAGGCAAUUAGUUAUAUAUAUAUUUGAAGUAUUAGAAAUAGUCUGUUUCUGUUACAAAAUGAAAAGUAAAAGUUUCAGACACUUUUAUUCUAAGAUUUUAAAAGAUUGGUUAAUUGUCUUCAUUUUUAAAUUAAACAGUGAAAUACCCUAACCAAGAACUUGACUAUGAUUCCCAUCCCUGCAAUGAAGACAUGUGAAAAUGAGCCAGUAGCUCACUGUGGUUUACAUGUGUUUUGGGACAAAAGCAUGGUAGCAGUAAAGUCAGGGAAGUUUGAGAAGCACAGAAACGUUUAUUUAUUUAAGAAAAAAGAAAAAAAAAAAGGAUAACCAUACCUAUGUAAAACUCCAUACAGCUCCUGCAUGCACUCCUGGGAACCUGCACGGGGGUGGAUCUUACAGUGCUCUCAGGGUUGGAUCCCAAACUUGGGCCGGGGUUACAUUCUCACUUCUUGUGUCCAGUGCUUUUGUAAAUAUAUUUAUUCUUCAUCUUUGGCUAAUGGUUGGCCACUCCACUACACACAAAAGAACUCAAGGGUUUGUGCUGAGUUUCUUUGAGGCCUGUGGCUGCACUUUGGCAGGUCUUUGAGUCAGGUCUUCCCUGUGUCCUGCCACCAAAAAUUAAGCACAUUCCAGUCACCAUUAGAAGGGAAGUACCUGUCUCCUGUCCUCUAGUCGUAGGAAAUGUCACUGUCCUCUAUUGUCCACGCAGCAGUUAUUUCCAGUAUAUAAUCCUUGGUGAGCAUGUAAAUAUUUGUAUUUCUUAGUCCAGUCCUGAGCAAAUCCAGUGAGCAAAGAGCCAGAGAGAGAGAAGAGAGCCUUGUGACAUCUACCAUUAAAGGAAGGAGUCAGUGUUUGUUUUACACCCAGGACAUGCAUUCAGGUGCCAGCUUUGCCUUGCUAAGUGCUGCCAAGUCAGUGGUCCAUUCACCUUCCUGGUGUUCCUGCUUCCUCUUGGACCGUUCAUUCAUGCCCAGAUGUGCAGCAACUUAAUGAUGGGUUGAUGAAGACCUAUAAAUGUUCAUCUCCUUUUUUUUUUUUCCUCUCCACUCCCCAUGCCAGGUAAAUAUCUCCAGUUUUAUCCCAAUUCUUCAGGAAGCAGACAGAGGAUAAACUUUGUUGUUCAAGAGAAAUCAUCCGAGCUUGUUUUGAGUGUGAUUUGCAAUUCAGGGAUCUUUAAAACUUCUCUUUACUUGUGUCUGUCCUUGAGCUGACAGGGUAAUUUUAUUUUUCUCACUGAAACUUGCAGAAUUUCACUUAUCCAUCUGUCUUUGGAUGCAGUUUAGAGGUGAUUGCCAUAAUACUGGAUAUGCAUCAUGCCUGCAAACCAUCCCUGGCCUGAGCCUACCAACAGUUGCGUGUACCUUUGGUUACAAGAGUUAUCUCAAAAGGAGAAAUGGUCUUACAGCAAAGAGGAGGAGGGAUGCCCAUAUGCUCUGUGUGGGUGCCCUUUAGGCUGCCACGUGGGCACAAGCCUGCAAACCUUGUUCUUGCUGCUUAGCAAUUCCCCCCGGCAAGCACUUGAGUUCUGUGAGAAUCUGACCCUGACUGAGGAAUCUGGGGCAAUACCAUUAGUUAAAGUUGAUAAUACUGAAAACUGAUUUAAUUAUUGAUUGGGCAAUUAAUUGAUUUAAUUGCCUGUGAUCACAGUGACUUUGCCCUGCACAGUUUUCAAGCAGACCACACAUCAGCUUCAGCACCUGUGUGUAACAUACCUUCUGCUGUGUUUGGUGGCACCAUGUUUGCAGCUGCACCUGCCUCACCCAACUUAGGGGCAGAGCCAAAAGGAGCAGGGUUGGGCACCAUGGCCUGGGUUGGCAGCCAUGAAUGCAGGUCAGGAGAGCUGUCAGACACGUGUGCACACACCUUUGAAUCACAGCUCUGCACUGGACUAGUUUUGUCUCUCUUUCUGUGCCCUUUGGUCCCCCUGUGCUCAGUGGCUGCUACCCAAGACUAUAAUUGGCACGGAUAAAAUGGCUGAGACCCUCAUUUCUCUGUCCUUUGAGCUGCCUGGUCACAGCAGCCUUUUCCAUAUGGACACUCUAUUUGGAAUGGGAGCCCCCACCUCCGUUCCUUGCAAAACCCCCAGGAGCCCAGGGCUGCCAUCUGAAGUCAGUGCACUGAGGGCUCCCAGAUGCCUCAGGCUGGUGUGACACCACUGCAAAUGGGAGGGAAUAGUGGCAGGAGGUUGUUUUGAAAGGUUCAUUUGCUGCUGCAUGCUGUGUGUGUCCAGCCCUGCCCCAGGCUUAGGGAUCAAAUUCAAGCACUGCUGCUGCUCCCUCUGGAGUCGGUGAGAAUUUGGUUGUUGCUUUCAAUGACAGCUGAAGUGGCUGCUGAAGCAGCAGGUGCUGACAGUGCCCCGGGCUGGAGGGGUCCCUGGGUGGGCAGGAGCUGCCCCUUUUUCUCACUCUGCCUCACACAAAGCUGUGCCGGUCACAAGUGGAUCAGCACAGCAAACAGGCAGCCUGUGAGUCUCUCCCACCUUGUCUCUUGAGAUUUUUGACCUUUGAGCUUAAGCUGUACAAAGGCAACUGCUUUUGGUGCCUCUGUGUAUCCCCACGGUAACCAAUGCUGCUAAAUCCGUCUGUAGCACAGCAGGGGGAAAGGCCUCAGCCCUGCAGGAGCUGCCUGAGCCGCUCAGCCAGCAGGAAGGGAGCUGCUCCUCACGGGAACCAGGAGCAAAGGGCCGCAGCACCUGGUUCUGGGGCAGAGCCCGGAUCCUGGGGGGAACAUUGACAGAGCUAUCCUCGUGCACUGCAGCUGCUGUGCCUGCGAACACAUGGUCCGAGACCUGCAAAAGAAUUCUGCAACUCUUGGCUGGAUCAGGAUGUCACCAGUGCUAAACUCUAGUUUAGUCCAAAGCAACCAGUUUACACCUAUGCUGGUGUGUGCUAGAUUUUUUUCUUCAGGGUAUCCAGACAAAAGUGAACAGAGGAGGAGCCUACAUUUUCAUUGUUUAUCAGAAAUGUAUCUCAUUUUGCUGUACAUUCCUUUUUUAGGACGUGUUAUCUGUUUAAAAAAAAAAAGAAAAAAGAAAAGAAAAAACAGAAAAAAUAUGAACGAGAAAAACAAAAAACAAAUGUGUAGUGAAAAAAUCUUCUGUAACUUUGGAUUAAGAGGUAACUGAUCUUUUUAAAAAGAGAACUAAGUUAUUUACUUUGUAAAUGUGCUGAUGGCAUGGAUCCAUCUUAUUGACCUCAGCAUCCUUUUUUUAAAGAUUUUGGGUUUUGUUUCCAAUAUUAAGUUAUUUUAAAUUGUGGUUGAAGCAAUAGGAAAUUGAAAUAUGGAUUGUGCAUGACUGUGUCUUGAGUGUAAAAAUAUUGCAGUUUGAAACUUGGACCUAAAGUAUUGCAAAUAAAAGUUAUAAAUUCCAA